AUGUCUGAAAACUUCACUUUUGGAAUGCUCAGAAGAAUCGUGCAUCUUUAUCAUGUAAAGCUUCAUGUUAAUUUCAACUACAAUUCUAUAUAUCUGCUCUUGGAGAAAGUGAACUUUGGUAACGAAUUUUCAACACUUCUGGCAAGUAUUCUUCCACUGGAGAAGAUCGAGGCUAUUCGAGAUUUUCCAACACCCACCACAACUAAGAAGCUAGAAGAAUUCCUGGGAGUGGUACUUCAGCUCAUCUAUGGACCUGUGCCUAAUUCCGAAGAUGCUAUACCAUAUGACGACUCUCAUUGGCGUCCUACGGCAAUAUAUGCCAAAGACUCAUUGGCAGAGGAUCUUCACGGCUCUCCAUUCCUUUGGCUCACCUGGGUAUCCGAGCUACACUACGCCUUCCUGACCAAACGAAUGGAAGCAGCCGCCCGCUUCACUGCCUUAUCCUGCUUUGGCGAGACCCCUGUUCGGGUCUCCAAAAAUGCUCCGUUCAAUGCCCGUCUUGGCAACAUGGGGCGGGAGGAGAACAGUGUCACCGGUGUUCAGAAUGUACAGGACUGCCACGAAGAUAUUCGGCAUAUCCUCGAAGUCCAGGGCCAUUCUGAUCUCCAGAUGACCAUUAGUAACGCCGUCCCGAAUAUAGAAAUGAAGAAAGUGUUUGAGUCUCUCACGGAGUUUCCCGAUUGGACGUCUAAGUCUCUCUUCAGAUGUGCAAUCAGGAAUCAGAUUCAGGCUAAAACUCCUGAAUCUGCUGCAACUUUAUUACUGUAUACAAGUAUGGAGACCUCAUUGUCAGAAGGACAUGGCAGCUCUGGAGAAGGUGUAACACCGGGCAUCAAAAAUCAUUCAAUAGCUAAGGCAUCUCUCAUAUCAGGAACGCUUGAAGGCCACAGGACUAACAACACUGCAAACCAGCGGCUUCAACUUGCAACUGAUACCGUGUUGCCCUGGGCCACCAAUCAUGGCUUCAAGUUCUCUACAGCAGAGAUUUGUGCUAUGACUUUUACUCGAAUGCAGAUCAUUCUUCGUUGUUCUAUGAGUGUAGAGAGUGGUCCACCGCAGCAUGUGUACCUCUCGCUCACCACUACCAGAUAUAUUAAUGUAGAGAGUGGUCCACCGCAGCAUGUGUACCUCUCGCUCACCACUACCAGAUAUAUUAAUGUAGAGAGUGGUCCACCGCAGCAUGGGUACCUCUCGCUCACCACUACCAGAUAUAUUAAUGUAGAGAGUGGUCCACCGCAGCAUGGGUACCUCUCGCUCACCACUACCAGAUAUAUUAAUGUAGAGAGUGGUCCACCGCAGCAUGUGUACCUCUCGCUCACCACUACCAGAUAUAUUAAUGUAGAGAGUGGUCCACCGCAGCAUGGGUACCUCUCGCUCACCACUACCAGAUAUAUUAAUGUAGAGAGUGGUCCACCGCAGCAUGGGUACCUCUCGCUCACCACUACCAGAUAUAUUAAUGUAGAGAGUGGUCCACCGCAGCAUGGGUACCUCUCGCUCACCACUACCAGAUAUAUUAAUGUAGAGAGUGGUCCACCGCAGCAUGUGUACCUCUCGCUCACCACUACCAGAUAUAUUAAUGUAGAGAGUGGUCCACCGCAGCAUGUGUACCUCUCGCUCACCACUACCAGAUAUAUUAAUGUAGAGAGUGGUCCACCGCAGAAUGUGUACCUCUCGCUCACCACUACCAGAUAUAUUAAUGUAGAGAGUGGUCCACCGCAGCAUGUGUACCUCUCGCUCACCACUACCAGAUAUAUUAAUGUAGAGAGUGGUCCACCGCAGAAUGUGUACCUCUCGCUCACCACUACCAGAUAUAUUAAUGUAGAGAGUGGUCCACCGCAGCAUGUGUACCUCUCGCUCACCACUACCAGAUAUAUUAAUGUAGAGAGUGGUCCACCGCAGAAUGUGUACCUCUCGCUCACCACUACCAGAUAUAUUAAUGUAGAGAGUGGUCCACCGCAGCAUGUGUACCUCUCGCUCACCACUACCAGAUAUAUUAAUGUAGAGAGUGGUCCACCGCAGCAUGUGUAUCUCUCGCUCACCACUACCAGAUAUAUUAAUGUAGAGAGUGGUCCACCGCAGCAUGGAUAUAUUAAUGUAGAGAGUGGUCCACCGCAGCAUGGGUACCUCUCGCUCACCACUACCAGAUAUAUUAAUGUAGAGAGUGGUCCACCGCAGCAUGGGUACCUCUCGCUCACCACUACCAGAUAUAUUAAUGUAGAGAGUGGUCCACCGCAGCAUGGGUACCUCUCGCUCACCACUACCAGAUAUAUUAAUGUAGAGAGUGGUCCACCGCAGCAUGGGUACCUCUCGCUCACCACUACCAGAUAUAUUAAUGUAGAGAGUGGUCCACCGCAGCAUGUGUACCUCUCGCUCACCACUACCAGAUAUAUUAAUGUAGAGAGUGGUCCACCGCAGCAUGGGUACCUCUCGCUCACCACUACCAGAUAUAUUAAUGUAGAGAGUGGUCCACCGCAGCAUGGGUACCUCUCGCUCACCACUACCAGAUAUAUUAAUGUAGAGAGUGGUCCACCGCAGCAUGGGUACCUCUCGCUCACCACUACCAGAUAUAUUAAUGUAGAGAGUGGUCCACCGCAGCAUGGGUACCUCUCGCUCACCACUACCAGAUAUAUUAAUGUAGAGAGUGGUCCACCGCAGCAUGGGUACCUCUCGCUCACCACUACCAGAUAUAUUAAUGUAGAGAGUGGUCCACCGCAGCAUGUGUACCUCUCGCUCACCACUACCAGAUAUAUUAAUGUAGAGAGUGGUCCACCGCAGCAUGGGUACCUCUCGCUCACCACUACCAGAUAUAUUAAUGUAGAGAGUGGUCCACCGCAGCAUGGGUACCUCUCGCUCACCACUACCAGAUAUAUUAAUGUAGAGAGUGGUCCACCGCAGCAUGUGUACCUCUCGCUCACCACUACCAGAUAUAUUAAUGUAGAGAGUGGGCCACCGCAGCAUGUGUACCUCUCGCUCACCACUACCAGAUAUAUUAAUCAAAACAAUCGCUACAGCGUGAGUCCAUCCUGUAGUUGA